AUGCACUACACUUCACCGGGCCUCCCCAACCUCAAGAAACCCCGUGUUCUCCUCGAGUCACGGGUUGACAUCGUCCUCUGCUCCAUCGCCGUUGCUCUUGCGUGCGCAUACGGCCUGUUUUAUCAGCAAAUCCCCGGUUCCAAACCUGACCCUCAACCAGACAACGAAUUCGCAGAAUCUCAUCCAUUAGAAGUCAUGGCGACGGACAUUCCCGCUGGGAGACCGGGUAACCUCACGCCGGAGCAGGAGGAAAAGUUGCGCCAGCUGUGGCAUCUCAUUCUGUCCUUGGGCGAGGAGACCAGCACCGCCGCUGCAGACAGCGCAUCUGCUAGCAUAGCCCCAAGCGAAACGUCGGCUGCCGGAAAAGGCGACAAGCCCAAGAAGAAGCGCACUUCAUUGUUUAGCCGCAAGGAUAAGAAAGAGGGCGCCGCGACAUCGACAGCCAUUCCAGCUGGUAUCAAGGAGGAUGGCGAGGACAAAUACGGUCAAACGCAACAGUUCAAGGAGGCUUUGGCCAACCAGAGUCCCGAAGCUUUGCGCGCCACGAUAUGGUCCAUGGUCAAGCAUGACCAUCCCGAUGCCCUUGCCCUGCGAUUCCUGAGGGCGCGAAAGUGGGACGUUGAGAAGGCUUUCGUUAUGAUGAUCUCCACGAUGCACUGGAGAUUGACGGAGAUGAAGGUUGACGAUGAAAUCAUGAAGAGUGGUGAGGCUGGUGCGCUCGAAGCUGCGCAAAAUUCCGAUCCCAAGAUUAAGCAGUUGGGAGAGGACUUUAUGGCCCAGGCUCGUUCAGGCAAGACUUUCAUCCAUGGCCUUGAUAAGGGAGGACGCCCGAUCUGCCAGGUCAGAGUGCGCAUGCAUAGACAGGGGGAGCAAUGCGAGGAGAGUCUUGAGAAGUAUACUGUCUUCUUGAUUGAGACAGCUCGUAUGGUUCUGGCUCCUCCCGUCGAUACUGCUGAUUACACCCCUGUGAAGUUCAUGAUCAAAUGCUUCGAGGCAAACUACCCCGAAUCUCUCGGUGCUGUUCUGGUGCACAAGGCCCCGUGGGUCUUCCAAGGUAUCUGGAAGAUUAUCAAGGGUUGGCUGGACCCGGUCGUAGCUGCCAAGGUCCACUUCACCAACAAUGUCAAGGAAAUGUCAGAGUUCAUUGAGCCAAGCCACAUUCUCAAAGAGCUCGACGGCCAGGAAGACUGGGACUACAAGUACGUGGAGCCAGUCGCUGGAGAGAAUGAUAAGAUGAAGGAUACGGCAACAAGAGACGCGCUGCUUUCUGGAAGGGAAGAACUGGUCCACGAGUACGAGGAGACAACCCUCCAGUGGAUCAAAGAGGCCGGGACAGACAAGGAGGCAGCCAUCAAGGCACAGCGGGAGGAACUUGCCCGCAAACUCAGGGAUGACUACUGGAAGCUCGAUCCUUACCUCCGAGCAAAGUGCGUCCUGGAUCGGACUGGCGUUAUCCAGGAUGGUGGCAAGAUCGACAUGUACUCCAAGGGGGCACCUGCUCCCGCCACUCCCGCUCCCGCUACAGCAGCUCCUACGCCGGCUUCCGCACCCGCACCCGCGCCGACUAACGGAGCUCCCGCGGUCGAGACAUCGGCCGAUGAUGUAGACUAG